CCCCCCCUCUCUUCGGAUGUUAGUCUUCUUCAGCACAACGCACGACCACCCCCUGAACUUGGAGCACGGCCAGACCCAUCUCCAGCCAACUGCCGAGCCCACCUCCCUUCACCCAUAGCCGCUCCCUCUUCUUCAUUCUAUUCCAGAGCUGUCACCUGCACCCUGUACAACAGAAUCAACGACUUCACAUCACAACCGGAAACCAGCCAUAAAAUACUCCCCGAAAAUAGCACAAAAACACACAGUCCACCAACUAAUCACCAUGAGCGACCAUUGAUGUUCUCUGGUUCUAGUAGUGUCCGAGUUCGCCGGCAAGGUUCGAAUUUUUCCGGCGAGGUUCGAGGUUUGUUUGAGGUUCCCCGUCAAAGCUCAGAUUGAAGCAGCCAUCCGAGGUCGGUUCAUGGUCUUGGUCGCGGCUCUUUUAUUCGAUUUUGUCGUUGUUUCUCGUCAGAUUUUUGGGAUCGAAAGAGUGUAUGUUUGCUGAAUUUUUCCCACUGUUGAUUAAAAGAAUUUCAGCUCAUCUCAACCCCCCAAACCUCCAGAAAUUCGCCGGAAACUGCCAAGCGCCACCAGAAAUGGCGUCAAUAGUAUCAGAAACGGUUCCAAAGUUCACCGCUGAAGCACUCAAAUCCGCAGCUAAACAAUCUGAACGUUGCCAUAUUGUUCCUCUCCGCCUUCGUAGAGCUAUCAAAAAGUACCUCCGAGAGCAAGAGGAGCCACAUAUGAAGAGAAAAGUGUUGGGGUUAUCAGAAUCAUUCAGCCAAAUAAAGGAAGUGAAUUUGAUGCUGCCAACCUCCACAUCCAAGGAGCUCGUUGAAGAUCCUCUGAAGUCUGUUGAAUGUUCACAGCGGUGGAAAAUUAAAAGCGCCUAUGGUGACAUUGGCCUCAAGUAUAGGGAGGAUGAAACAAUGGCCUAUGUGGCGUCCCGUAUGCCUGCUGUCUACUCUGCUCUUUAUAGAGUGCUUAGUGAGGUUCGUAGAAGAUUGCCUGGGUUUUCACCAGCUAAGGUGUUGGAUUUUGGGGCUGGGACUGGUUCUGCAUUUUGGGCACUUAGAGAAGUGUGGCCACGGUCGUUGAAUAGAAUUAAUUUGGUGGAGCCAUCACAGUCCAUGCAGCGUGCUGGACAGAGCCUUAUAAAAGGUCUUAAAAAUUUGCCACUCAUUCAAAGUUAUGGAAGUAUUCAAGCACUCUCUCAGGAUGUCAAAAAGAGUGACAGACAACAUGAUCUUGUGAUUGCUUCAUAUGUACUUGGAGAGAUUCCAUCUCUGAAGGACAGAAUCACGGUUGUGCGGCAGCUCUGGGAACUGACAGGAGAUGUUCUGGUCUUGGUUGAACCAGGAACACCACAAGGAUCUAAUAUUAUAUCUCAAAUGCGAUCUCACAUUUUAUGGAUGGAGAAAAGGAGAAGCCGCAAACUAGAAGAUGCAUCUGGCAAAGAAUGUAAAGCAUUGACGACACUGAAGAAUGGGGCAUAUAUAGUUGCACCAUGUCCGCAUGAUGGACGUUGUCCUUUGGAUAACACUGGAAAAUAUUGUCAUUUUGUUCAACGCUUGCAGAGGACAACAUCACAACGUGCCUACAAGCGGUCGAAAGGUAAGCCUCUACGUGGCUUUGAAGAUGAAAAGUUUUGCUUUAUCGCUUUUAGACGAGGACAACGGCCAAGGGAGCCUUGGCCACUGGAUGGUAUGAAGUUUGAGACUUUGAAGGAGCAGCAUGCCAGAAGAAAUCCAGAGGAUUUAGAGAUUGACUAUGAGGACCAGUUCAUCUCAGAAGAUGAGGAUGUUCAAGAUGAAGAUCCAGUCUCCUAUGAUUCCGAUGUUACAGAAACAGACGCCAUUACUGAAAAUGAUGAUUGGGAGGAAGAAGGCGAAGAAACAGCCCAUGCUAAUCUUGGUAGUGGUUGGGGAAGAAUCAUAUACAAUCCUCUAAGAAGGGGCAAGCGGGUUGAGAUGGACAUUUGUCGAUCAAUGGAUCGAGAAGGCACUGAAGGCUCGUUUGACCGAAUUGUUAUUACAAAGAGCAAAAACCCAACAUUGCAUCAUCAGGCUCGAAGAUCGGUCUGGGGUGACUUAUGGCCCUUUUAGAUUUUGUUAGAAAAAUGGCCCUCGGGGCUUUGGUCAAGAAGUAAGAGCGCAACGCAUGAUGUGUGAAUUAUGCGCACGUAACGAGUCCGAACCAUGCGGUAGACAAAAACCUGAUAUUUAAAUGGAGAAAGUUUCAGGGACGGGCCACGGUCCACGGAUUAUCGAACUAUGCGCAACUGAAUAGAUUUCACGUGUGGGCAAAGGUACUGUAAUACAUGUAUUUUUUUUCAUAGCUAACUAUUCCUUGAGAAAAGAACAGUGAAUCAGAUAGUUAUUCUGGUAAAGCAGAGGUUUGCUCAAUUGGCACUUUGCUCAAGCAACAAUAAGUGAAGAUAUAAAUGUGAAUUCUGCACAAACCAUUUUACCAUUUGCA